AUGGGUAAUAAUUGUGUAUCAGAGAGUGAUUCAUUAAUUAAUGAAAACACUUAAGGUAAUUUCAAUCAAAUAGAUUCAAGACCUGGAAUUUAUGCUAUUGAGCAUUCAACUAAUACUUGUUUAGAAAGUAUUUCAAUAAUGUCUUCUCCAGACUCUGCUUAUCCAAUUACUUAUAAAGACAAUAUGGAUGUGAUUGCUUUUAAAGGUCACAAAUUCGCCAUUUUUGAAAAACAUAGCGUAUAUUAUGGUGAAAUCAAUCAGAAAUUUGAAAAAAAUGGGAAAGGAAAGUUGUACUUAAAAUCUUUAGAUAAAAAUGGAAACUAAAAAUUAGUAAUUAAGAAAGGAAUAUUUAAAAAUGAUAAAUAUUUAGAAUCAGAAUAAACUUCAACAAAAAAUGAAUUAUUAGAUGAAACAAUAGAUUCAAAAAUCACAGAAGCAUAAGAUUCUUAUAAUUCUACAAUAUAGAUUGAACAUUAUAAAUAUAACAAGUUAAUAAAUGAGAAAGAUUUAAAUUCUAUUAAUGACAAAAAUUAAUUAAGACCAAAUAUUGUUAAUGGAUAUAUUCAAUAUUUACAAUAAUUAGAUGAAUAAUUGUAUUGGGAUACUCCUCCUCAUAAAAGAGAAAAAUUUUAGAGAACAAUAAUUUUCUAAAGUAGUUCUCCUCUAGAUAAUUAUGAUGAAUUUAAAUAACUUAUUAAAUAAUUUAGAUUUGUUAAGUUUUGGUUAAUUUAUAAAAAGAUAGGAUUUGUUAUUGAACAUAAUCCAAAUCGUUGGUAUUUUGUAGAAGUUUAACUUACAGAAGAUGAAUUUAAUAUCAUAAUUUAUGAUUCUAUUAAAUGUAGUAAGGUAUUUUAUGAUUAAAUAAAACACUAAUUAUCUCAACUUUUUCAAAAAUUGUUAAAUCAUAGACUUGAAGCAAAAUUAAUAAUAAAAGAUAAUAUUCCUUAAUCUUACAAUACAUAUGAUAGUGCUGUCUAUACUUGUAUUUUUGCUAGAAUGCUUAGAUGCAAUUGUAGAAAUAAAGUGUUAAAUAUGAGUCCUUCUUAAAUGAGAUCGGAUUUAUAAAAACUAUUCCUUAAUUGA